AUGGCCUACUACAAUAGCAUGAAGGUGCCGGAGCUCAAGAAGCUAUUGAACGAGCGCGGCCUCACACAAGUUGGCAAUAAGGCCGACCUUAUUGUUCGCCUCCAGGACAAUGAUAAAGAGCAACCUAAAUCUGAGGAAGCUCCCGCCGACAAGAAGGAUGUUGCCGCUGAAGAUGAGAUUGACUAUGACGACGAUGACUAUCCCGGCUUUAGCAAGGACAAGAAACAUGAUGUGAACACUAAGAAGGCGGACGAUGCGCCCGCUGUGGCUGCCCCUGCCGCUUCCUCUACCGCUGCUCGCACCUCUACCUCGCCAGUGGUUGCCAAGAGCACCCCUGCGACGUCAACAUCAACCUCUGCGACCAAGACCACCGCCAAAGCUGCUGACUCGGCCGUCAAUGCCCCUGCCCCAGAGUCGAAGACAGCUGAGGCUACCACUGCUGCCCCUGUCACUGCAGCUUUCGAAGCCGGCGCUGAGAAAGACGAAGCCGCGAAACCAACCGAGGCACCAUUUUCACAGCACCUGCCGCCCACCAAUGCUAAGACCGAGGCAGAGAAGCGCGCAGCGCGCGCAGCACGCUUCGGCAUUACCGCCGAUGCGGAAACCAACGAGGCCAAAAAGGCAGCACGGGCCAAUCGCUUUGGCGUGGCUAAUGACCAAAUCUCAGCAAUUGACAGUGCCCUUCCGGACCGUCCCCGCAAGCGUGGUCGCGACCGUGCUGAUGAGGACAAGCAAGAGGUGGAGGAGAAGCGGGUGAAUAAACGACGAUCCAGCGGCGCGCCAGUUGCAGCUCCUCCUACCAACCAGAGCGGCGGCGUCCGGGGUGGACGAAACAAGAACCGACGUGGCGACCGGAACGGCGCUGGCGGAAACGCCCCCAAGGAGGGCAGCAAUGGCCGCGGCGCACGUGCAGACGGACAGAAGAAAGGCCAGGGAAAACCGACGCCUGACAUCAACCCGGCCGAGAAAGCUAAGAUGGAAGCGCGGGCUCAACGGUUCGCAGCCUCUAAGUAG